UUUUCUAGCAGACAUAUAAUUCUGGUUAUUUUGACUUUUAUAUUACAAUCAGAUGCCAUGGGCAUUGAUAGUAGCCGAAAGUCUGCUGCAACCUUUAUUAAUAUUUUAUUUUUUGUGCUUUUGAGGACUUUAAAUGGAAAAAUUGCUUCAAUUAGUUCUGUCCCCCAAGGAAGUAAUCCCCUUUUAUAUCAACCUGGAAUUGACCAUAUAGUACUUUUGGAUCAAGACACUUUUUCUGAUACUGUUUUUGAGCCAGGCAGAGGGCACUCUUUUGUUGUUGAGUUUUAUGCGGAUUGGUGUGGCCAUUGUAGAGCUUUUGCCCCCUCAUUUAAACAAUUUGCCGCUCUUACUAAACGAUGGUCUAAUGUUGUUAAAGUCGGUGCUGUCAAUUGUGCCGAUUCAUUCAACAGCCAAAUAUGUCGGUCAAAUGGAGUCGCCUACUUUCCAAUGUUGAAAUAUUUUUCGAGGAAAUCUAAAGGUGUUAAUGAUGGGAUGAUUUUUGAGUCUGCACAUUCUGGGACUGGUCUACGUGAUAUUCUCGCUAAUAAGGUUCUCAACGAAUACAAACAAAAUAGUUACGAAGAUUGGCCAAAUCUUAACCCUCUACAAGUCGAUGCUCAAACAACCUUUGAGGAUCUAUGGGACACCCUUGACCAAUCCUCCAACUUUUUACUUAUACUUUUUGAGAAGAAAGUGGAUAGCCCCGCAGUAAUUCACUCAAUUCUGGAUUUAUGGCCUAAUAAACAACAAAUUGGAGUUAGAAGAGCUUCCUCAAAUUCUCCUCUAGUUUCUAUGCUUGGAAUCUCAAAAUUCCCUUAUCUUGCACUUUUCAAACGAGGCAAUCAACAAUCUAUAUUUAUGGAUGAAUUCCAUGGCCCCAAAACUUUGGAUGAUGCCAUGCAGAGAGUAGAACCUGGAGACUUUUUAUCGUUAGAUAGUGAACAACAACAAAGUCUUCAACCUACUAAACCACCCGUCGAUUUAAUUGACUGUGAAAGAUUUCCUGAAAAGUGCAAAAAACUUUAUUAUGUCUCAGAGACGGAUAUGCUUAAAGCUAUGAGAAUGGCUUUAUUGGAUGAAGUUACCCGUUUAGGAAUACCUAUAGAAGGCGAUAGAUUUCGAAAACUUUAUGCCUUUGUUACCUUGUUAAAGGAGGCAAGGAGAGAAAAUAAUCAAAAUUUAUUUGAAAUUUUUAGUAUUUCCCAAUGA